UGAAUGGAGUGAAUGUGCUGCUGCUGUGUGUUUCUGGUAGUAUCAGUCAGUCAACCCACUGGAUCUGGAGUGUGUCGGCCCAGCACAGCCAGCACUUAUCCUGCUUGAGUGGAUUUAGCUGACCUGCCUGCCUGCCGCACUCUCCUUGUCAAAGGCAGACCGCUCUGCCAGAGCCUGCUGUGCCUGUGUGUAGGAGAACCAGGGGAGUGUAUGUGUUACAGACCACUGCAUUUAGCAACUCGUUCUUUGGACAUCAUGAACUGAAUCCACUGCUUUCUGUAACUUCCAGAGGAGCUGGAUGUACAUGAUUUGGACCUGGCCUCUGAACUUGUUUUGUCCGCAUGUGGCUUAGCAGCCUGUGGGUCUCUGCGCUGUCACAGCCGCCCCCAGCCCUACCUAGGGUGUUAGGAUCGACUAGGGACAAGAGAGUUUGAGUUUUUGAACACAACCUUUUGCUUCCUCAUGGCAUGCUGCCUGAAGUCCCACCACCAUGGAAGCUUGACCCUGAGCUCUCACCCAGAUGAUGACGUUGACCACCUGCACAACACGACGGGGGGAGAUGGGGACGGCACCCCUAUCCCAUGCAAGGGCAAGGGCAAGUUCUCUACCCUUGGCAAGAUCUUCAAACCAUGGAAGUGGAGGAAAAAGAAAAGCAGCGAGAAGUUUACGGAAACUUCAGAAGUUCUGGAGAGAAAGAUGUCGAUGAGGCGACCGAGGCAGGAGCUUAUAGAACAGGGAGUGCUGAAGGAGCUCCCGGAGAAUGAAGGGGACGAUCCUCACAGCCCCAAACAGCCCUACGUGAAGAAUGGCCACACCCUGCCCAUGGGUGGAGGUGGUGGAGGGGGCAGAGUGCAGGAGAACCAGACAAGACCCACCUCAGACUCUGGGAUGAACCCAUCAGACUUGAAGAUUAACCCAGCCUGGCUGCCACAGCCAGAGGACCGCCGGGUCCGCUUCCCCUCGGAAGGAGACCGCCAUGGGGACCAGGGUGGCCCCAGAGGCUCUGGACAGCAGGAGGAUGGCCGGCGAGGAGGGGGAGGAGGACGAUCCCAGGGGGAGGGGGAGGGGGAGUGGAAGUCUAACAUGGCCUGGCAGGGCCAGGGGAUGGGCCAGGCGCAGGGGAUGGGACAGGAGCAGGGGGAGGAGGGGAGACGCGGGGGCAGACUCCACUCUUCUGACGGAGACAAGCGGCCGGGCCUGCAGAAGGCACCAUCAGAGGAUGGUAGGAAGAGUCGCCCCGCUGAGACAGCAUGGAAGCCCACCCUCCCCCGGCACGCAUCCGCAGAGGAGGGAAGGGCCCGUAGAGAAACGGAUAGCCAUUUUGUUCCUGACCCAGAUUCGCUGCGGGACACUCUCCGAGAGCCGCUGCCGCCCAAACAGUCUGUUAUGCCCCCCAAGUGGCUGAUGAGCUCCACCCCCGAGCCCGGCAAUGAAGGGUCACCCUCACCCCGCACCCCAUCCAACCACCCUGCAACCACGUACUCUUCACCCCGCACCCCAUCCAACCACCCUGCAACCACGUACUCUUCCUCCUCCUCUUCUUCCUCUGCAGUUGCAAAGCCUGCCCGAAAUGUCUCCUCUGCAGGCGCCAACCCCCAAUCUUCAGCAAUAGUGUCCCUUGUGCCAUCCUCCACCCCCCAGGCGACCAAGCAGCCUCCCCUCCCCCCGCCCAAGCCUGUCAACAGGGGCGGCAACGCGGCCAUGUUGGCCUCCACUCUACAUGGGGGUGAGAACCAGAAUGACUCCCAGCUGCCCCUCUACUGGUCCUGCUGGAAACGCGAGGGAGACUAUGACGUCUACCUGUCCCUCCCUGUCUACCUGUGCCGGCGGGAUGGCAGAGGCCUGCGGUCAGGCGACCUCACCCAGGCCGGUACCAGCCUUGUGUCAACUAAGCCCUCCCCACCGAUGCCCCCCAAGAGGACCACCCCUGUCACAAAGCGCAACCAGGAGGACCCCUCUGUGUCCACUCAGUCUGUCUCCUCCCCCUCCCUGCUUUCUCCUGAGGACCAUCAUAACCACUCAGUGGGCUUCCAGAUGCCUCCCCCGUCCCCGCCCUUACCCACACACAUCCCCCCUUCUCCCCCCCGCCAGCAUCUGCACGCGCACUACCUCCACCACCAGCAUUCCUACCAACAUCCCAUCCCCCAGCCCUUGCUCUUUGACCCUCCCAGCCCCACCAGUGAGCCCCCCCAGCGUCCGGCCCCCGUCCCCCUGCACAUCAUGAUCCAGAGGGCCCUGUCCAGCCCCGGCCCAGCCCAGCCACACCCCGAUGGCUCCCAGCGCUCAGCCCACUCCCUGCUCUUCGAGACACCGCCCGAGUACCAGGGGGACCGUGGCCGGCCCCUAGCCGUCAGCAUCCAGCCUCUGAAACUGGCUGAGGAUGACUACUCUGAGGAGGAUGAUGAAGAAGAAGAGGAGGAGGAGUACGAUGGGGAGCUCCCCCAGCCAGAGCUGGAGCCACGGAGCAGAAGGUGCAUGGUGGGAGGGCCCAGCAUCAGCGUCAUCCCCGAGGGACCCAACAGCAGUGAGGAGGAGGAAGAAGAGCAGGACCUGCAAAGGGACGACAGCGACUCGGACGGGCCAGUGCUUUAUAAGGAUGAAGAUUCAGACGAGGAUGAGGAGGAUGAGCCUCCACCCAGUGCUUUGGCCAGCAGGGUCAGAAGGAAAGACACGUUAGCUUUGAAACUGAGUAACCGAAAUGCCCCAGAGAAAGAUGCUCGGGAGGACAAGUCCAGCGGUCACACGGGAGGACGCACUCCGGGACACACACACCAAGGGUCAACAGGGCUGACGUGGCAGAGCAGGGAGCAAUGGGAGGCCAUACGCACACAAAUAGGCUCUGCACUCACAAGGCGUCUCAGCCAGAGACCCAGUGCAGAGGAGCUGGAGCAGAGAAACAUCCUUCAACCCAAGAACCAGGUAGACAGGCAGGCGGAGGUCCGAGAGAUCAAACGUAGGCUCACCAGGAAGCUGAGUCAGAGGCCCACGGUUGCUGAGCUACAGGCCAGAAAGAUCCUGCGCUUCCACGAGUAUGUGGAGGUCACCACAGCCAAUGACUACGAUCGGCGCGCGGACAAGCCCUGGACCAAGCUAACACCCGCCGACAAGGCUGCCAUUCGGAAGGAGCUCAAUGACUUUAAGAGCUCUGAAAUGGAGGUUCAUGAAGACAGUAGGAUCUAUACAAGGUUCCACCGGCCUUAGCAUCCACCCCAUACUGGAAAGCACGUACUUAACCAGCGGCCGGCAGAGUCUCUGGAGAGGAGUUGCGGGGUCUUGGUGCUCCCUAAACAGACUGCCUUUUUAUGUUGCUGAAUGUACUGUACAGAUCAUCAAGGAAGGCCCGGGAAUUGACUGAACUGAAAACAGGGGGACUGAGGACCAGAUGCAGUAUUUCUCCCGGACAGUAGGGGGAGCCAAGUGCCAACAAAGUGGAGAGGUGGCAGAGGGGCUUGACCGAUCGGGCUGACUGGGAGACACUCUGCCAAUGUGUGUUAUCCCUCAGGGACUUGGUUCCACUGACAACGACCUUUUGCCGCCUCUUUCGAUGUUGCCUUUUUUUUCUGCUUUUACUCUGUAUGGCACAGUUAACCCAUGUUGCAGAGAUGUAAAUGCAAUAACAUUACAGUAAUAAUAGUCAUAAUAAUGACGGCUACAAUAAUAAACACAGUAAUAAUAAAUGUUAGAGACUUGAAGCUGCAGAAAGAGGACGAGGAGGAAGACAACUGUGGGAUUUGCCAUUCCCAAGACUGGAAAAGCUCUGGGAUAAUUGUGUACUUGCUGUGAUUUCUUAGACUGAAACUUUGGAGAGUUCUAAUAAUGACAACUGUAAUGCAUAAUAUUUUGAUCACAUCAGAAAUUACCGCUUUUAUUUGAACCUGUUUUAUAGUGUGCAUUUGUACAUUUUAGUCAUUUAGCAGACGCUCUUAUCCAGAGCAACUUACAGGAGCAGUUAGGGUUAAGUGCCUUG